GCUUCAUAUUCAUACUUUGAGCUGUCCCCUUCGUUACGGCCCGAUGUCCAACCUAGGUCCGCUUACUACAGUCUAUUCGGCUAGUGGAGCGAAUUGCAAUUCCAUAUAUAUGAAUGAUAACGGAGUAUUGAUAUACGGUACUGUUAGUCCAAGCUCAUCGUCUUGCUUUCCGACUAGCUUUGUGCCUUGGGAUGACAACUAUUACUCCCCGGGUAUUUGUCCAUCAGGAUACACUUACGCGUGUACUGCCGGUGUGGGAAAUGGAGGUACAGCAGCUACAUGUUGUCCGAUCAGCUACCAAUGUCGCAUUGGACGAGUAUCGAGUGACCCCGCUGCCUGCGAGUCUCUCAUGCUAACCGACAGCUCUUACACUGUUAGUCAGUAUAUAUCCAGCGGCUCGGAAACUUGGUCUUCUUUGGUCACCAAAUUCUACGCUUCAGGGAACUUUGUUUUCGCGGGAGGCGCGAUUGUACGGCGGGCCAGUAACGAUCCUGGAUGGUAUCAUAUUGAUUCCGUCUCAGGUACGGUAUCCGAACUGGCCACGCCCACUACUUCGUCGACUACGACUACGAACUCUCGGGUUAGCAGUGGCCUAACACAAGGAGUGACAAAAGAUAAUACUGGUACAAGCACCAGUCUAAGCACUGGCGCUAAGGCCGGCAUCGGAAUAGGAGUGAGUCUAGGCGUGUUGGUCAUAAUUGGGAUAGUUGUGACUGCGUAUCUCAUUGGCAAGAGGAAACGACAAGCUAUCCAGGGGGACACCUCAAACCCUUCGUUACAUGGUGGGCUAGGAUUUUGGGAUGCAAGACAAUUCCAAACCUGGCACGUACGGCUAGCGGAGCUCGAUGAGCAAAAAGGGCAUUCUGAGCUAAAUGGAGAACGUGAACCUGUAGAGUUAAUGGGUCAUCAAUAGGAUUUCAUGUAUUCAGAGCGUUCUUCAGAAUAUUGAAUCGGGAGCUGGAAAUUUCGGUACUAUCGUCUACCCUCUGUUCCUUCGAAAAUCCAGAGAUAAUGUGAACUAAUAUGAACAUCUCCAUUAAGUAGGUAUGAAGACUGUAUUCUAUUCUUUGUCAUUCUUUCCACUGGGUCUUGUUACUGCACAGCUUGAUAGCAAUAGUCUCCCCUACCACUAUUAGUCGUCCCUCCCGGGGACUAUCUCAGCUUGGGGCCCCCAAUUCGAGAAGUGGUAUUCAGAUCAUGCCGGCUUUCUGACCAACAUAUCGCUGAAUCUGCAACCUCGCCUUACGGGACUACCGCAUCGUCUAUGAGGCGCCUCAAGGUUCCUUAGAGACAAAAACAAUCUGUCGAUUUGUUAUCGCCACGAAGCAUGUAUUUUCAGUCAAUACGGAGACAAUUACCAAGCCAACGCUCAAGGAGCUUCGGUAGUGCUUGGUUUCAUUC